UCGAAGCCUUUUUCUCACUCUCUGCUCUGUCGGGGAAGCUGUGGAAGGGGUCGUCUCCAUCAGUCAUCAAGUCCUUCUUCUUCUCCUUCUGCGUCAUCAUCUUUGACUUCGGAUCCCGCGGUUUUCCAGACUAGUCGGACGACAUGAAGGGCUUGGUUUUUGGUCUGCUGGUGGCAUGCUCCCUACUCCAUUGCUCCGAGGGGGGUAUGAACUGCUUUGGUAGGACAGAACAGUUGUUGAUGAAAAAAAUGAGUAAGGAAAAUAUGUGCCCAGAUCCUUCAGAGAAAAUUAUCCCAAUCCCGGUGCCCGACGGUGCCUACAAAGUAAUACCACCCAUAGUCAGAGUGAAAAGGUGUGAUGGGUUUUGCUUGGAGACCGGGAGAGCUUGUUUGCCAACAAAAUAUACAACGAAAAUGUUCAUGAUCGAGGUAACGACGAAUGUAACGAAAAUGGAGUGCAACAUUGAAAAAGUGGAGGAACAUCUUAAGUGUGGAUGCCAAUGCGAGAUUUCUCAGGCCAACUGUACAAUAUACCAGGAAUUUGACGAGGAGUCCUGCUCUUGCCUGUGCAGCGAGAAAGCCCGAGACCUAUGUCGUGGCAAUGGCGCGAUGUGGAAAACAGCUGAGUGCCUCUGCAUCCCUCAUAGUGGACCUUGAAGAACUGACUGGAGGAAGUGGAAUAGAUGAAUAAUUAUGCUGACGAUACGGUGGCUUUAAAUUCUCUCUCUCUCUCUCUCUCUCUCUCUCUCUCUCUCACAGGCCUACUUUGAACAAGAACCAAUGCCUUAUGGUAAUUAUGAUUUUUAUGUAAUGAUUUCUCAAAUGAUGUGGAUAUUUGUGUAGUGCAUUUAAAUACAUGGCAUUCUUCUCAACAUGAUUGUAUCAAGGCGUCCCGAGUAGUCUUGGAGCCUGGUAAGGUCCCGUAUGCACUGAGAUGUACCCUAAAUUUGACUUCAGAUCUUGUUUAAAGGUUGUUUGGCCGCCUGACAAAAAUGAUAAGAGUCAAUAAAUGACCAGAAUAUACUCAA